UUCCACCCCUCUCGAUCGACGAAACAAGGCUGGACCUCGUCCUCGUCGCAUCAACCCCACACUCCUUUGAUUUCCUGCAAACCCCCUCCCUCCAUUCCCUCGCAUUCACGAUGAACAAACAGGCGCGCCUCGUUCUCCUCCUCUUCGUCUGGAUCGCCACAACGUCCAUGGCAGCGGUCAUACAGCCCAUGACUGCCGGCGAGCUCGCAGAUCGUGGAGAGUCGGCCCCUCAUCCUCUUGACCGACGCAAUGCUGCGCGUGUCGCCCCGGCCAAUGCAGCAAAGGUUCUCAAGGCUGCAAAGGCGGCUGUGACCCCGGGCUACGGUAGACUCGGGCAUAUGGCCAUUCGCGACAUCGUAGAGGCCCAGCUCGAGGAGCGAGACGCUGUGCGAUUCGCGCCUGCCAACGCGGGGCGUAUUCUGCAAGCGGCCAAGGCUGCCGUCACUCCUGGAUACGGCAGGCUCGGACACAUGGCCAGGCGUCGCACAUCUGCCGCGGGCCAAGGCAAUGCAGACUUCCCCGUCAUCAACGAGCGGCAGGUCGAAGACGCAGACGUUGAGAGUGAAAGCCACGCCGCGGACGUCCACCCUCGCGCUACCAAGAAGCUGAGCGCUGCCGCCAGGAGAAAGAAGGCCGCUGCGGCAGCGAGAAGGAGGAAGCAGGCGGCGGCUAAAGCUGCGGCGGCCAAAGCAGCGGCCGCAUCCAAGGCAGCCGCUGCCAAGGCCACCAGCACGUCGAUCCAACGCAAGUCAGCUCAAUGCAGUCGCAAGACGACAAGCACGCUGCGAGCCACGACGAGCUUGCCUACGACGAUCAAGGCCGUCAGCCAAACAUCUAAGACGUCUUCGUCGACCAAGACUGCCACUUCGACUACAAAGACGUCGUCAACGACCACGAAAGCGUCAUCGAGCACGCUCAAGAGCAGCUCGUCCGCCAAGACCUCUUCUGCUACUGCCCGCGCCACAAGCUCGACCUCCACCUCCUCCUCCUUCUCCUCGACCACUACGUCGACGCGCACUGUCAGCGCCACGACUACGCGCACAACGACGACAACGACGACUCGCGCUUCGACUGCUGCUGCCACUUCGAGCGGCUCCCCUACAUCCGCAUACGUCAGCUACCCGUCUGCCUCCGCCCUCGCCGACCUCAAUGCCAUCAUGGCCUGGGCGGGCGACAGCGACAACCUCAACUCGACGCAAAAGCAAGAGACCGUGGCCGCCCUGCUGUCUGCCACCCGUCGCUAUUUGCCCGAGCUCAAGCAGCAGGAUGCUGUUCGCUACCUCCUCGCCGACAUCAAGGCCGAGUCUGACUUUUUGCCCGCGGCUUACAAUGGCGGUCGCCUGGACUCUGGUGCUUCACUCGGUCUGAUGCAGGUCAGUCCAGCCUCUGGAGCGCAAGAGCUUCCCCUCUGGAUGGGCCACAGUCGCGUCGGCUACAAUUCGUACUCGUGGAGCGCCGUCAAUGGCACGCAGGGCGAGCUCAUCGAUUACGCCACCGGCCAGCAAAUGGUUCUCUCUGCCCUGACAAAGGAGGAUCUGCUCAGGCCGUGGGUUAACAUUCACUUGGGCACAUGGGUGCAGAGUAACUUGGCACGCACGUCGUCAUGCGACCCCUACUCAUGGACCGACAUUUCUCAGAAGGCUGCGGCGGCUCGAAGUGCAGAGACUUCGUACGCGGCGGCCAAAUCGUCGGCACUCUACACCAAGAUGACGUCUGCUCAGAGCGCAGAGACGGCCAGCCUCGUCUGCUCUGGCUUACCUCGCUCCAUCCUCACUGGACUCGGAUCGUGGGUCGCUGGCCCUGCUGUUGAUGGCGACAGCUCGUACACUGGAUCUGGCGACGACGUCUCUGCGCCCUAUUUUGCCAACAUUGUUUCGGGGCUGCGAUUCCUCUACGGCGACGACUCGAUUGGGACCGACUGGCUCAAUGCGCUCGUCCUGACGGCAGGACUCGUAGACUACCGCGAGUGAGGCACGGCCGGCGCGGGGGGCCGUAAUACGUGAUGCGUGAUGAUGACCAUGUCGUUGAUGUUUCUUCGUCUUGUACAUUUCGAUCUUUUCGUAAUUACCCGUGGAAUUGAAUUUGUAUGUCUGCCCUCCUCGUAGCUCCCUUAUCGUCUGCUCGCUGCGCUCGCCGCGCUCACCGUGCUCGCCACGCCCGCCCUCACGCCCCCUUGACGUGCUUCUUGAUCCAGUCGUACAUCUCGCGCAUCUCCUCCUUUGGAUCGACGUCGUAGAGAUGGUCUUUGCCUUGCAGUCGCAUGUACUCGACGUCGCAGCCCGACUUUGCCUUGAGGGCUGCGGCCACGUCGUCUGCUUGUGAGAUGGGCACCUUGUCGUCGAUGCUGCGCGCGCGUCCAGUGGGCCUGUCA